UGUUUCUGCCGUUUCACGGAAGUAAUUCUGGAAGCUCUGACGUGACCAAAUAAUAAUCGCCAUCUUGAGGAAGGAAACGCCUUGAAGAGGAAAGAAUUGAAAACAACUUUUUCCUUCUGACGAAGUUGAAUCCCCCAUCGUCACUAUGGGGAAUUUAUUUGCAAGUCUCUUUAAAGCAUUUGGCAAGAAAGAGAUGAGGAUCCUCAUGGUGGGUCUCGAUGCUGCUGGUAAAACAACAAUCCUGUACAAGUUAAAACUUGGAGAAAUUGUAACAACCAUUCCAACUAUAGGUUUUAAUGUUGAGACAGUUGAGUACAAGAACAUAAGUUUUACAGUAUGGGAUGUAGGCGGUCAAGACAAAAUUCGACCGUUGUGGCGUCAUUACUUCCAGAACACACAGGGUCUUAUCUUUGUUGUGGACAGCAAUGACAGAGAGCGAGUGAACGAAGCCCGUGAAGAACUGAUGAGAAUGUUGGCAGAGGAUGAACUACGAGAGGCAGUCUUAUUAGUAUUCGCUAACAAACAGGACCUCCCAAAUGCUAUGAAUGCGGCCGAAAUCACAGACAAGCUGGGACUGCACUCCCUCCGCCAUAGAAACUGGUACAUCCAGGCCACCUGUGCCACCAGCGGAGACGGUCUCUAUGAAGGACUGGAUUGGUUGUCUAAUCAGUUAAAAAACCAGAAAUAGGCCUAAUCAUCCGCUGUCGUCCUCAACUCACAUAUACCGUUUUCACACUAUCCUGCCGACCCAAACCGUACAGUGGCUCGGGUGAUUUCCUUUCACAUUUUCUUUUCCAGCAAGGUUCUAGCAACUGUGGUAGAUGAGUAACCAGGCCGAUGCAGUACAGCUCGGCAUGGCUCGGUUUAGUAGUGUGAAAAGGGUAACACUAUCUCUCUACCCUUGUUUGUACUCUUCUGAUGUUGCAAAUUGAGCUACUUUUGUCAAAACGUAACGUACCUACUGGAAAGCUGCCCUCAUGUCUCAUCUCUAGUUACAACAAUACACCAUAUGGGCCAGGAGGGAUAAUAACCCAAUCUUGGAAAACUGUCAGGGUUUCUUAUUUAAUGUAAAUAGUCAAUUUCUGGGGGGGGUUAUGAGGCAGCUUAUUGCACACUUACAAAAAUCAACCUUGGUUAUUUCCUCUUCUUGGCCCUUGGGUAGACAUACUCGUGUGUAGUAAAGGGAGGCAAAAAUAAAUAAAUAAACCAGCUAUCAUGGGACCCCAUGUCUCAACCUAACAUUUAAUGACUUUGCAUUAUACGUCAGCUGGAAAUUUGUACUGUAAGAAGGAGCGUUUCAUUUCUUUUUGGGGGGGGGGGGUUCUGAAUAAUGCAUAUAUACAGAUGCACUACUUGAAACAAUUAUGGUUUAAUACCUCAAUGCUACAAUAACCUGCUCUCCCAAAAUACCAUUUAGCAAAACACUGGCAUUAACUAGUUGUACUGUGAGAAUGUUCUUGAGAUGAAGCUUAAAACAGCUCGUGAGCUUCAAAGUCGAAAAGUCUUGUCAACACUUACCAGCUUUUGUUGUGUGCCAUAUCAUUUUGAGAAGUGGCUGCCAUGCAGUCUGUUCUACUGAGUCAUCAUUCACCUGCUUUAUGAUGAACAGAGGUGCAGAGGUGUCUGUUCAGCAUUGUUUGUAUGACAGCGGCUUAGGUUAAUAAUCAUGUGUACUGCCUUUGUCGCAAUGAACCUGAAUUUAAUAGCAAAAAAAGUGCAGGAUGUGGUCCGUAUGUUGGUCUUGUUGGCGAGCAACACGUGCAUGUUAGAGAUUCACAGAUUCUGCACAAUACCUAAAGAAGCAGAAUUCCUUCCUGCCUAUCCAUUUGCUAUAAUAAUCCCAUAUCCUAUGCAGAAUCUAUCUCAAACACACUUUGAUUGUCAGCGGGACUAGCUAAUUGAUUGUUUACAUUUUUAGUCUGCACAAGCAUUCUGUCGUUACCCCUCCUGUCAACUGCAGGUGCUCAAGGGUUGGGAUGCUUUGAUUUCCUCAACGUCCUCAUCACAAUGAUUUAGCGC